AUGACGGAACGAGAUGAAGUCGAUCUUGAAAUUCUAGAGGAAUUUGACGAAUUCCCUAUAUUUCCAACCCGUUACAAAGCCUCUGUCGUUGCAACCGUUCUGUUCCUCCUGACAUCCUAUUUCAUUUUCUACAGUAUCCAUCUCGAAUGCUUCUUUUCUGGUGUCUUAUUUUUUCUUAUCCUAAACACCAUUGUGAUUUGCGGAGCUUUUAAAGGAAGCGUUCCGGUUCUCUGGAUCACUGAAACUAUCUGCGCUGUUGCAUUUUUCUUCAAUGCUGUAUGCUGCUUGGUGUGCACCGUUCAUUUCUGUCAUCUGGUUUAUAAAUCUCCAAAUGAACCUGUUCUAGGAGUGGAACGUCAUCCGGUACUGGUCAUAGACAUUAUAAAUGUCGCUGGGGCUUGGGACGUCUUGAAUUUUGGAUUGAUAUUUUUAUGGAACUUUUCAGUCGCAUUCCUGAAUUACAGUAUCAUACACCUAUUUCGUCAUGUGGUCGAGCAUUUUGACGCUAUUGAGUCAAUGGUCUAA